AGACCUGUGGGCACCCAGGGACCCCUGCCAGGCUUCUCCUGCCCUAUAGGGGAAGAACCGCAGGACAGCCCUGGGGAAGUCCCUCGCUCGGGCCGGUGGUGGUAGCAGCAGGAGGAGUUAGGAUGCCAGUGUCCUGCUGGUUGGCAAAGGGCAGAGAAGAUCCUGGGACUCUGUGGCCCACCUGUGGAGUGAAUAUGAUUGUCCACACCAUGUUCUCUGGCAAUGCCUCUCUUGUGGCCCAAUGCUGGCCAGGCAGCGGCUUCUGUGGCUUCAGCCCCUUGUCAUUGGAGUCUUAAGACACCAGCCACGGCUGUCCCAAAGGACCAGCCAACCUCCACUCCACGGAGCUGACCGAUGCUACCUGCCAUGUGUAACCAGAAUCACAACUACAGUAACAAAGGAUGCAACCGCUGCCUGUGAUCAGCGCUGGACAAGCCACGGUAGUCAACCAACUUCGUGCCUGCUGGGAUGGGAACCCAAAUGCUGGAGACAGACAAGAGGGGCUCUGGAACCGCAUGAAGAAUGCGUGAAGUCCGAGAUGCACGUUCGGAGGAGUACGAAUCUGUGUGUGGGGUUGAAUUGCGUUGCCCGUGUGUGUGUGUGUGUGUGUGUGUGUGUGUGUGUUGGGGGGGCCCUCCAGGACUCCAGGGGUGGGCUCCGAGAAGGAUCCGGUCUCAAAGAGGACUCAGUGGGAUUUGGAUUCAGCAAGGAGGACCCCUCUUUGUGCGGGCAGCUCAAGGCCCUGCCGCCCUCUCCGGCCACGCACACCCGAGUCAGCUCCGCGGCGGCCGGCCCCGCGGCGUGGAAGUGGGUUAGGGGAUUAUAUAAGCGCUGAGCGGGCGGGGAGCCGGUGCCUCCUGCGUGCUCGCGUUGCGGCAGCAGCAGUGGCGGCGGCGGCGGCAGAGCGGCCAGGCUGAUUUAGAGCGCGGAUGACAGUGGCCUGGCGCGGGCCCACGGCUGACGACAGCGGCUUAUCCCGCUCGGUUGCCAUGGAGACCAGCAGGAGCAGCGGCGGCGGCGGGGCUGUCAGCGCGCGCGGCGGGCACCGCGCGUCCGCGGGGGGCUGCAGGAGCAAGGAGGCGGCCGGGGCCGGGACCCUCGCGACAGACAUGGACUUGCAUUGUGACUGUGCCGCCGAAACGCCGGCCUCGGAGCAGCCGUCGGGCAAGAUUAAUAAAGCUGCCUUCAAAUUAUUCAAGAAGAGGAAAUCGGGUGGCACCAUGCCCAGCAUUUUUGGGGUCAAAAACAAAGGGGAUGGGAAGAGCUCGGGUCCGACGACGGGGAUGGUGCGGAGCAGGACGCACGACGGCUUGGCCGAGGUGGUGGUGCUGGAGGGCGGCAGGAAGGAGGAGCCGCGCGGCGGGGCUCGGCCCAACCCGGCGCCCCCCAGAGCCGCCGGGGGCGGCGGGGGCUCCGCGGCGCCCAGUUCGGUGGCCAAGUCGCACAGCUUUUUCUCCCUCUUGAGGAAGAACGGCAGGUCGGAGCCCGGCCGCGGGGACCCGGCGGAGGCGAGCAGGGCCGGCGGCAAACAAAAGAGGGGGCUGAAAGGGCUGUUCAGCAGCAUGCGCUGGCCCAGGAAGGACAAACGCGGCAAGGAGGAGGAGAAGGGGGCGCGCGCGGCCGGCGCCGGCGGCCUCAUCCUGCCCGGCUCGCUCACCGCCAGCCUGGAGUGCGUCAAGGAGGCAACGCCCCGAGCGGCGGCGGCGCGCGAGCCGCCGAGCCCGGGCCAGGACGCCCCGCGGGACGCAGCAGGUGAGCUCGGAGGGGGAGAGCAGGCGCCCGCCCCGGCGCGCCCCUGCCGCGAGGCCCCGAGCCCCGGGGACCCCGCCGACACGAGCGCCCGGGGAGAGGACGCCGCGGGGCACAGGCGCGCCCAGAAGCCCGGGGCACCCGCCUCGCCGGGCACCGGCGAGGUCCACGCGGCCGAGCACGCUUCCAGGACAGGUGACGUUCCGGGAAAGACCGGCCCGCUUGCGGACUCCGAGUGCGGCAGCGGCCGGGCGUCCGCCGUCCCCGACCCUUCCUCUGCCGAUCCGCCCUCAGACCCGUCGGCCGAUCGUAUUUGUUUGAUGUUUUCUGACGUGACUUCACUGAAAAGCUUUGACUCUCUUACAGGCUGUGGAGAUAUUAUUGCAGACCAAGAGGACGAGGCAGGUCCCAGCUGCGACAAGCAUGGCCCCGGGCCGGGCAAGCCAGUGCUCCCUAGAAAGACCCCCAGCGUGGUGGCCUACCAAGGAGGAGGGGAGGAGAUGGCCAGCCCCGACCAGGUGGACGACACCUACCUGCAGGAAUUCUGGGACAUGCUGUCCCAGACGGAGGAGCCAGCGCCAGGGGCCCCCGAGGCGGCGGCCAAGGCGGCACCUGCGCCGGAGACCAAGGCGGGGCCCGACACCUGUCCAGACGCCCGGGGCGGCGUGGACGCGGCCAAGGACGCGUCCUCCGUCAAGCGCAGGAGGCUCAGCCGGAUCCCCACCGAGCUCCAGCCCAAGGAGGAGGCCAAGCGCCCGGAGCAGGAGCAGCAGCAGCAGCCGCAGCCGCAGCCGCAGCAGCCGCAGGAGCAGCCGCAGCAGCAGCAGCAGGAAGGAGUCCCCAACAGCGACGAGGGCUACUGGGAUUCCACCACCCGGGGCUCCGAGGGAGACGGCGCGGGCAGCGGGCAAAAGGCGGCCCUGCCCCGGGACAGAUAUAGCGGCGAUGCCCUCUACGAUCUCUACGCUGACCCGGACGCCAGCCCAGCAGCUGCGCCUGCCAGCGAGGAGACGUCCUGCGCGUCCCGCCUGAAGCCCGUGUCCCCAGGCACUAUCACCUGCCCGCUGCGAACGCCAGGCAGUCUGCUAAAGGACUCCAAAAUCCCCAUUAGCAUCAAGCAUCUCGCGAACCUGCCAGCCAGCCACCCCGUGGCGCACCAGCCACCAGCCAGGAGCGAGGUGCCCAGAACCAAAAUCCCUGUUUCCAAAGUGCUGGUCCGCAGGGUGAGCAACAGGGCCUUGGCUGGGACCACUCUCCGCGCGGCGGCCGCGUGCCACGACAGUGCCAAAAAGUUGUGAGGUCGGCCAGACCGAGGUCAAGGAGCACUACUUCCGCUCGGGACACCCCCUACAGGAAGUCUUGCUUCCCCUAAAGACAGUCGUGGAAGACCGCCCCUGCUCCUGAGCUCGGGCCUUCUAGAUCCUUGUGCUGUGGGCAGGGGCAGGGUGCACCUGCCAUCCUCCUCCCCAGAUAAGUCCCUGAGAGUUCUUUUCAAGCACUUUUUCUUUUUACAUUUUUUUCCUUUUUUUCUUUCUUUUAAGUCACCUUCACUUGCCUUUGCAGAAAACAGGAUGGAACCAAACCCUAAGUAAGAGUCACCCCAGGCUGUUGGGGUGUGCCAGAAUCAGAGGGCCUAGGGGAAAGGUUGCGGAAACAGGGGAAUUCUCCUCUCCCAGGACUCCUCCCUUCCUGUCCUUUUUCCAUUGGGGGUGGGGGGGAGACCCUUUGCUAUAUCACCUUCAGUGCUGAAAGGGCCAGAUAUUUACCUGAUGAGCAGAGGGGAUGUUGUUGAUGGGCAGAAAAACUUCGCUACUUUCAGUUGCUAGGUAUGCAGCUGAAAAUAAGAGAAAAAGGGGAGUUGUGGUUUGGUUGGGGAGAAAUGAAAGGCACAGUAGAGCAGGUUCUUGGUGUUUCUUUUCCCCUACCCAGUACAGACAUCAGGAUCAGGGAAAGAUUUCACUCAAUGCCAACAGAUACAGUAUUGUAGCAUUUACAAGCUGUAACCUUCUCAUGUGUAGAUAAUGCAUCUUUUACAGUUUAUCCCACUGUUAACAUUUUAUAAUCUGUUAAUAACCUAGCAUUUUAAAUCUGGCCUGAGAGCUAGAUUUGAUGACUAUCCCAAACCAUUGAUGUUGGUUUUGUUUUAUUUGGGUUCUCUGGCUCUCUCUCACUCUCGCUCUUGCUCUCUCUCUUGCUUUCAUUCUCUCUCCCUCUCAAAAAAAAAAAAAAAAAUUCUAUUGUGUUGAUGUCCCAGAGGAAUGGCUGGGCUGUGUCUUGGAUAAGAGCCUAUUUGUUUCUCUCUCCAAACCCUGGUUUUUCAGCGAUUUUGAGCUUGGUUAUAAAAUUCUAGACCCAAUCAUUCCUCAAUAUCGGGAGUCCAAUAGGAGGAACACUUAAGACCAUAAAAAAUACAGUUUUGCAUAUCAUUUGACUUUUUGCUUUUGCUUUAUAUUCCUAGACAGAUGUAGUCAGAAUAUGACAUUUGGAAAACUUGUGUGUGGUGAACAUUUUUUGCUCAGAAAUCUUUUGACAAGUUGUUUACUGAUAUGUAUGUUUUCUAGUAUUUCAGAGGCAACAUUUAUUUCAGAAAGAGUUAUUGUAUGCCUUGGUCAUUUGAAUGAUAAAUGGAAGCAGUUCCUAGAAUGCUUUUAGCAUCUCAUGAGUGAAUUAAUAUCCUUUUUUUGAAAUGCACUUUGGUGUAUUUAAUCAAAAGGCCCGGGCUUCUAUUAGGAGUUGGUUCAUCAUAGCAGAUGACACACAUUCAACUGAAACUACACGCAUGUAAAUGGCAGCGAUGCUUCUGUGGAACUCCCACUUUCCAGAGACACUGCUUAACUAAUGAAAUGUUAUUUUGUUCUUAAAUUUGUUUUCCAUUUUGUAAUGGGAAGAAGAGGACAGGUUCAACAUAUGAAAAUUUAUUUUAAUAAGAUGAAGGAAGUAACAAAAUAAACGAGCCAGGAACAUAAAGCAGGUUGCUCCCCAUUUUAAAUGUGCUGUGAUUUGAUCAGAAGAGGUGGCAGAGAUUUGUUGAAUGCCUUUAUUAGUCAGAUUAAUGGCUCUUAUUGCAUUGUCUCCGACCCUUAAUGUUAUUUCAAAGUAAGGUUUUAAUAUUUAAUUUCCUUAUGUCUAUGGAGGAGGUCCUUUACACAGACAUAGCCUUAAGCAUUCUGAACACAUUACCAGAAAUUCAUACAAGCACCUCACACUCACAUGCGCUCAUGCACUCCAUGGUGCACAAACUAAAAGACAAAAGACAGCUGCUGUAGAUUUGGAAAUCUUUUAGAAAUUAUUCCCUCCUUGAAAAAGGGAGUUAAAUUUGAUUUAAUGUUGAUAGUACUAUUUAGACUCAAAAUAGAUUCAUUUCUCCCUGGUGAAUGGAAAGAACAUAAAUUCCAUUCCUAGCUAUAAAACAAAGGAUCUUUAUUUCUUCCUUUUGCAUUUUCCUGCAAAGAUUAUAUUUUUCCUGUGCGUGACUCAAUCACCAAGUUUUAUUUGUUCCUUUGUUCAACUGUACAGAAAAGUUAAAAAGAGCAUCUGAAGAACCGAUGAGACUAUUGCAACAGUAAAGGCAAUUUAUUCUUAAACACUAGAAGAAACUAUUUUUGCUUUUACAAUUUGGGGCUGAUUUUUGGGAUCACACCACUGUGAUGUGUCUUCUCUAAGUAAGAGGAAAUGGUAGCCACAUUUACCAUGAUUUCCUUUGGUCUGCCAAUUAACCGGUUGUUAGAGAUAUAAGAUAUUUUCUUUUUGCCGUAUUUUCCACACGCAGUCUUUUUUUUUCCUUUUAAACCCUAUACCUUUAGGAAUUGCACCCAUAACAGUCAAAGGAAGGACUUGAGCAAUGAAUUCAUAUGAUGGGGAGUCACUGUCAGCAUUUCCCCAUCAUGGAAAAGGGAUUAGAGGUGCUUCCUUGUGCCAAGGGCUAGUUUUUUCUCAUUUGUGUUGUGGAGAUUGUGUUUUAGAAUAUUCAUGGAUUUACAUUCUGAUUUUUAUCAAUGCAUUGUCAAAUAAGCUUGUGAGGAUUAUACGGGCCCAUAUUUGCUGAUGGUUAGUGGAAGGAUUGGCUAUGAGCUAAUGAUACCUUUCUUGGGUCUGUAUGACUCUAACUCACUUGGUUGGUUAACUCCGUUUGGUCAUACAGCUGCCCAAAUUAGAGAGGAAAAAGCCAAAUCAGUUAGUGGACUUAAGUGUCUCAGUCAGUUUAAUAGCUCUGCACGAAGACACCCUGACUUUAAUCGACAUUACACAAAAAUGCUACUUGAAACACUCUGCUCUACUACUGAUUGUAGUUAGUACCUUUAUUCUUCCAUUUGAAACAACUGGGAGAAGUUUUAUGACAGCAUUUUAAAUAAUUACAAGAGGAAAUACAUUUUUAUUAUUUUACCUAAUAACAACAAUGGGAUAUAGAAUAUUAAGGAUUUCCUUUUGAUAUGAUUUCCAUAAAAUCUCUGCCUAUUUAAGUGCAUGGCUUAAUAUCUAUAAAGGUGAUGACUUACUGAGUUUAAAGGAUGUAUUUCUUAAUCUCAGAAGUAGCAUUUCAGUGUUUGCAUUUAGAUGAACAUGCAAAUAGGUCUUUGCUGAACACACGGAUCAAGGCAAAAAGAGGUUAUCAGGUAGCAAGAUCGCUUUGACCUUUGUUGAGUUUUCACUCUUUUACAUCUUUGUCAAGUUCAUUUGCUCUGUGUGACGAGAUGGGCUUGUAGCUUUUUGUCUGCUCUUUUGCUUUCAUCGUAUUUUGCUUGGAGCUCUGACAGCACGAUGGGACACUCCACGUGCUGUUAGUAUGUUCAGACCAUCACCAUGGUCGAACUCAUUCCCUGCUUUUCGUUAUUCUAAAUUUCUCUCGAACUGCAAGUAUGCAGACACAUGUGGCUCUUGCUGAGACACAUUUAGUACAUUCCCAUAUAAUCAUCCUCGGCUUACCUUAUCCUAGGUAAGAUGUGAAUCCAAGAAUUUUUCCUUAUCCCUAAGGAAAAAGCAUCACAAUUGCCCUUCCCACCACUGUGGACAGCCAGUUACAAGUGUCUUGGAUGAAAUGAGAGGAGGAACCCAAAGGCCUCAGCUCACCUAGUGUUCCUUUUCCCUCUUCCAUACAAUUCUUCACCAUGUAAACUUGGCCUUGGACAUUCCCAGGCCAUUGCACAACCCUAUGGAUAAAACAUCUGGGCCCAGAGUAUGGCAGAGCAGUCUUGUUGGGUAGGUGGGGAAGCAAGAGGCAAGCGCUGAGUGGUGCCGCUGUCGGUGUACUGUGUGAGUGCGGCUCCUCCUCAAAGUGGCCGUUGGUUUGGCGACCACGUUGUGCUCUGCAGAUGUUCCGUUGGCUGUGGAAUGCCUCUCAGAAGCUUCUUCCCUGUGGCUUUUGUUUCCAGGAGCCAGUUGUAGCGCUAGCCACGGGUGGCCACGGGUGAGGGACGUCUUGAUCUCGGGGCAGAGACGGUGGUUAAGGGGUGAUUCAGAGGGAGAGUUUCACGAUUAUGGAAAGGAGUUCCUUCUCAGACUGAAUCCUGGGCACAUUUCCACAGUCACAAAGCGUCCAGAGCUGAAGCUGGCUCUCUCGGAUGAUUACUACUUGCUUGAAUACAGCACAUCACAUAUUUAUGAAGGUGUCUACUGUAUCUAAUGGUUAAUAAAAAGUCAUUCUGUUUGCAGUGCCCACACAGCUGGGCUGUAAUUGGAUUUCCUGAAUAUUAAUUCAAAAUACCUUUAUUUUCAGUUUUUCUGUGACUUGUUUUGUUACUUAUAGUUUAUGAAGUGAAGUUGAAGAAGGGGUGUAUGAAUUAGGCCAAAGUUCUCUAAACAUAAUAAUAGUAAUUAUAAUAAUGGUUAACAUUUGUUGAAUAGUUACCAUGUGCCAGACUCUGCUAGGAGAUUUACAAAUAUUUACUCUUAACAGCGUGUAGAGUAGGUCAUUGUAUCUCCUUGGUGUGACAUCUUCAACUUAUCCUCAUGGUUUGUUCUGUCCCCUUCUGAUUGCUGUCUUUCUUGCUCUCUCUUUUUUUCCUAUUCUCUGGGACAGAUGUAUGAACUCUAGUGAUUGAUGGCUGUGCGUCGGGACUUGAAAAUGUUCAUAGACAAAAGAGAUAAGUUAAUUUUGGUGCAAAACAUUUUGAAACCCAUGCAGAUGAGAGGUCUUCAAAAGUUCCUGAAGAUAUGUAUUAUGGAGAAACUAUGCAUGGAUUUCUUUUUUUCUUUUUCUUUCUUUUUUUUUUUUUUUGUACCAGAUUAAAUUUAUCUUGUAAUUCCCCAAAACUGUUGAAGUACCUGCAUGGAAGAGCCCACUACUUAAUAUCAUUAAUGGUUUACUUUUGUAGAAAAACCUGAGCCAUGCCAAUACAGCUGAAACUGGGUUUACGUCUGAGAUGAAGAACCCAGAAUCACUUCCAGGGAAAGCAGCCAUGUUGUUCAGUUGGUAGGCAGGCACCUGGCCUUCUUCCCAGGUGUCCUCUCCCUUGAAAGUACCGAAGAAGUCUCCUCUGCUGCCUGGCCGUCCCUCUUCCAUGCUAAGGGUUUCAUUCACUCUGAGCGUGAUCUACUGGGUGCUUUCCUACAUAUGCCCAGUCUCAGCUUGUUCUGGGUGUGCUGGCUGUGUGUUCUAAUUGUAAGCACAUUUAACAGGAGUCCUGCCCUCUUAACAAAAUUUAAGUGCACAAUACAGUGUUGUUAACUAAAGGCACAAUGAUGUACAGCAGAUUUCUAGAACUCAUUCAUCUCUCAUGACAGCAACUCCCCACAACCCCCUUCCCCAGCCCCUGCAGCCACCACUCUGGUCUCCACUGGUGAGGGUUAGGCCAUUCCCGGUGCCUCAUAUUGGAGGAACUGCAGAGCCUUUGUCCUGUGACAGGCUCUUUUCACUGAGCUUAAGGUCCUCCAGGUCUUUGUAUAUGGUCACAUCCUGCAGGGCUCCCUUCCUUUUUAAAGACCGAGUAAUAUUCCAUUGUAUGAAUACACCGCAUUUGCUUUAUCAUCCAUCAACAGCCUUUAGGUUGUUUCCACGGGUAGGCUAUUGUGAACCGUGCUGCAGUGAACAUGGGGCUGAAAAUACCUCUUCAGAGAUUUUAUUUCAAUUUUUGGAGAUAAAUACCCAGGAGUGGGAUUGUUGUCUCAUAGGGUAAUUCUUUUAAAAUGUGUUUUUGCAGAAAUUGCCUUAGGGCUUUCCAUAGCAGCUUUACCAUUUUAUAUUGCCACCAAUUGUGCACAAGAGUUCCGAUACUCCCGUCUUCACCAACAGUAGGCAUCUGUGUUGUUUCACUGGUAGCGAGUUGAUUUAUCCCUUGCCCUGAUAGAAUUCUGAAUUCCAGAAAAAAGCACCGGGCUCUUUCAAAAGUAGUGCUCUAUUCUGGCUACAGUCAGUGACUCCUGGCGUGUAUUUUCUGAUUCACUAAUUCAUUCAACUCAUAGUUACUGAGUAUUUUCUAUGAGUCAGUUGCCAUGAACGUGUCUUACAUUUAAUUCUAGUAACUACCACAGACUGAGGGUUUACUGUGGGGUCAGGGGUGGUGCUCUGUGCUUGGUUUUAUACUGUUAAUCUUCACUGUUCACAAGAACUACGUAGGGUUGGGACUGGCUUCUUACUCUAGAAAGAUUAACUACCUUGCCCAAAGCCACCCAUUUAGUUACAGGGAUGGAAUUUGAACCAGAAAUCUAACUCUACUGCUCAUGUUUUAAUUAUAAAUCCUGUUUUAGCCAUAAGGCUCAGUUUUUGUAGAAUUUGUUUUAAGUAAGAAACUGAUCAAAAUUCUGAACUGCAAGAAUUAAGUGAGAUCUUUAUGAUUGUGGACACCAUUAAAAUGACGAGGAUGACUAUUUUAGUUAAAAAUGAACCUAAAAUGACGUGAUGGCUGUUUUAUCAUCUAAAUUACAGGCAAGUCUAAAAGGCAGAUUUCAGAGUCUAAUGGGCCUUUCUCUCACCCUAGCUUUUCCAAAUCUGGACCAUAUUCAUGAAUUAUUUUGGAGCUCCAUACUGGUGGGUCUACAUAGGAUUUUAUAAUCUAAGACUGCCUCGUCAACAGCAAAAACCAGAAAAGCAAUUUCAAUAGUAAAUCCAACAGAUUGCAACCUGAGAUUUCUUCCACUCUGAUUCUAUUAAGAUGCCUCUCUCAGUAUUUAGGGAAAAUCAGUUUGAAAUUUCACUGCUGCCACAACUAAUGAGAUUAUUUUGCCAAUAUAUGGAUUACGAACAUUUGGUCCAAUUUUUAUGAAUUUUAGAGCUUAUUUUAAUGAGAUACAGUGGAAGAAUUCAAUAACAGGUGAUUAUUCUAUCAGAUUGUAAACCAGAGUAAUUUUUGGAAAUUAUUCAGUAAGUGGAUAGAGUGAGGUUCUACUCUAUUUAAUAAAGCGUUUAAUAAAAUAUAGCCUAGGUUCCUGGAGACAUAAUGGACUUUCUUAGACACUAUUGCACUUGGAUCAUUUAAUACACAUAGGCAGAAAUACUAGGAUUGUCUGAUCAGGUAGCAUAGAAGCAUGGAAUAGACACACAAGUAAAUACUUGUUCACAUGACAUGCAACAGCCCCAGGUAGCCUGAAAGAGUUAAUGAAUUUUCUCAAAUAUUCACAGCACAAACAUGUGUUCCCCUCCUACACAUUUGCUUUGAAAUAAAGGAGGAGAAACUCUAACAAAAUAAUAUUCAACAUUUCCAUUGCUUCCAGGAUAAAUUUCACAGAACACUAUCUGAGAGUGGUAGAUUUAUCAAAAAUAUCAGGGAAAAUAGCUUUGAUGUUACAGGUAAAGUAUAUUCCUGUCAGUUUUACUUGUAACCAGCUCCCUAGCAGGCUCACUGUGAACUUCAGGUUUUGCCCAAAUUAUUUAUAUGAAGUAUCUCAGUGUAAUAUAAAGAAUUGCAGGUUAUUUGAAAAUAGCGCAAAGAAAACACAAAUGAGAAACUGCAUUUCUGUAAUUAGUUUUCCUGAAAGUCAGGCGUGUCUUUGGGGAAAGCUUUUGGCUGUAUUAUUUUUGUGCACAGGAGGAAAAUUGUUAGUAGGUUUAUAGAUAUUAUUUUUAUAAUAGAAUGUUAAACCCCUGAAAAACAUCAAAAAUUGUCUCCUAGAACUAACUCUAUGUUUUAAAAACUUGUCUUAAAAAAAAAUGGUUCUAAAUAGCAAUAGGGUCUUUGCUCCUUUCUCCACUCCAAUGGUUUAACGGGAUAGAUGAAUCAAUGUUUAUAUUUUUAAACCUGUAAAUAUUUUAUUUUGGGUAUUUUGUAUAUUUGUUGAUAUAAUUCCACUUUGUGCAUACGUUCCACUGUGCAUGUUGCUGUUUUUGAUAGUCACCCUUUUAAUGAAUGUAAGAAGCUUGGACUAAUAGCACUUUUCUUGUUUCAACUGAUCAUCUUAAAAUGAAAAUACAGCACUGCCAUUUUACCUGUUGUGUUUAAUUCAGUCAAUAAAUUUUGUUGCUCCUUUGCAUUUAAA